CUCCCCCGCCGGGCCCGGGGUGUCAGCCCGGCUGCCUGCGAGCUGCACCUUCCCCCGGCGAGCGGCUCCGGCACCGGCUCCAGCCCCCCCCCCCCGCAACCUCCUCCCGGCGCCUCCUCCUCCUCUUCCUCCUCCCCUCCCCUGCAGAGCAUGCACAGCCCGGGACUCGCAUCGCCGGCUCGGCGGCGGGCGGGCGAGACCCUUCUCCCCGCCUAGCCCGGCUCCCGCUGCCCCCGGUGGCGCCCCCCGCCCUCCCCUAUCCCCUUCCCGGCCCUUCGUUCCCCCCCGGCACCGGACUUUUCCCACCCUUCCCGAGGAUGAGGCGGCCGACGCGGCGGCUGGCGCUGUCUCUGCUGGGGGUGCUCUGGCUCGCCGCCCUCCUCCUCUUCUUCUUCGGGGCCAGGAGGAAGUUGGAGGCGGCGGGAACCGAGGGCCGCCCGUCGGAGGGCUCAGACGUGGACUGGGACGACCUUUGGGAUCAGUUUGAAGAGCGGAGGUACCUGAGCGCCCGGAGGUGGAAGGGCGGCGAGGACCCGUACCGGCUCCAUGCCUUUAACCAGCGGGAGAGCGAGAGGAUCCCCAGUGACCGCGCCGUCCGCGACACCCGCCAUCACAGGUGUAUGACUUUGCACUACCGCCAGGACCUGCCGCCAACCAGCGUCAUCAUCACCUUCCACAACGAGGCCAGGUCCACCCUGCUAAGGACCAUCCGGAGCGUGCUGAACCGCACCCCAGUGCACCUCGUCCAUGAAAUCAUACUAGUGGAUGACUUCAGUGAUGAUCCUGACGACUGCCGCUUGUUGGGCAAGCUCCCCAAGGUGAAGUGCUUGCGGAACGGACGGCGAGAAGGUCUGAUCCGGUCCCGAAUCCGAGGGGCAGAUGUGGCACAAGCAGGAGUCCUGACCUUUCUCGACAGUCACUGUGAGGUGAAUAAGGACUGGCUGCUCCCUCUGCUGCAGAGGAUCAAAGAGGAUCCCACCCGAGUGGUCAGCCCCGUUAUUGACAUCAUCAACUUGGACACUUUUGCCUAUGUGGCGGCUUCCUCGGACCUCAGAGGAGGUUUUGACUGGAGUCUGCAUUUCAAAUGGGAGCAGCUUUCCCCGGAGCAGAAAGCGAAACGACUUGAUCCCACCGAGCCUAUUAAGACUCCCAUCAUUGCUGGGGGGUUGUUUGUGAUUGACAAAGCCUGGUUCAACCACCUGGGAAAGUACGACAGUGCCAUGGACAUCUGGGGCGGGGAGAACUUUGAAAUCUCUUUCCGUGUGUGGAUGUGUGGAGGGAGCCUGGAAAUCAUCCCCUGCAGCCGUGUUGGACACGUCUUCCGGAAGAAACAUCCAUACGUCUUUCCGGAGGGAAACGCUAAUACAUACAUUAAAAACACCAAGCGCACAGCAGAGGUGUGGAUGGACGAAUUCAAGCAGUACUACUAUGCGGCUCGUCCCGCAGCCCAGGGGAGGCCUUAUGGAAACAUCCAGAGCAGAGUGGAGCUGCGGAAGAGGCUGAAAUGCCACAGCUUCAAGUGGUACCUGGAAAACGUUUAUCCCGAGCUUCGGAUUCCCGAGGAAUCGCUCUAUCAGACUGGGAUGAUCAGGCAAAGGCAGAGCUGCCUGGAGUCGCACAAGUCUGAAGCCCAAGAGUUGCCCGUCCUGAGCUUAAAUCCUUGCAUCAGCAGCAAAGGCACGGCAGCAACAGCACAGGAGUGGACGUACACAUACAACCACCAAGUCCGCCAGCAGCAGCUGUGCUUGUCCGUAUACACCCUCUUCCCCGGUUCCCAGGUGCUGUUGUCACCUUGCAAAGAAGGUGACAACAAGCAGCGAUGGGGUAAAGUUGGGUCACACAUUGAACAUAUAGCUUCACGCUUUUGUUUGGACACUGAGACGAUUGGGGACACGAAUGAGAGUACCAAAGAGCUUGUCAUCAACCCUUGCGAGAGCACAGCCCUGAGUCAGCGCUGGGACAUGGUGAUGUCUUGACCUGCCAGAGGACAGAUCUUACACAGCAGGGGUGGGCACUGAGACGUUGCUACACGCGGCCAAGAUGCACCACAUGGAGCUCAAAUGCAAAACCAUUGGGGGCCCUUGUGUAUUAUGGGACAGGAGAAGAAUCAUUCAAAUGAAAAUAAGGACAUGGUGCUCCAGGUUGAACAACGGAUGCUGUCUGCAAGGCAUGCAGCUGGUAUUGGCCUGUUGGUGGUCACACAUUCAAAGAAAAGAGAUGGCAAAAAACCAAACUUGAAAUGUUUUAGAGGGAUACUGGGAGUGCUGUGAUGGGCCCUACAGAAGUUCAGUAUGCACAGUAUAUAUUAAUCUCUCUGGAAACAGGUAGAAGAGCCUUGGAGACCAAAUGGAGACUUGGACUCAGCAAAACAAGCAUCGCAAUAGCUUUUGGGGAGUGAGGCUCGUGUGCAAGGAGAGAUGUGCCAAGGGAUGCUAAGAAACGUCACCUGGAAUCAAGUGGAAAACACUGAAUUAUCUUUGCACUUUUUAUGUCUGGGGAUGAGUUUGUCUUCUGCAGACAGCGUGGGUGGAGCCGUCUUGCACAUUUGAGUUUGUGUCUGACUCACCUACAUGUUGUGUAUACAGAGGCAGGGCAGUUCAUGGCUGUGGCCAAGAUCAAACCAGCAAGUAAUGGGGGAGUCCUGCUCAGUGCUAACUGUACAUGGGGGUGUUUGAAUCUCCAAAGCCCAAGCAAACAGAGGAUUCAGUGUGUGAGAUUAAAGGAUAUAAACUGCAGUGAAGCUGGGAGGAAAGGCAUUAACAUGAUUAUUUCUCCUUUCUGAAGGCCGUGGGUGAGCAUUGGUCACUGAAAACUCCCCUAUAAUCUCGCUAUAUGUCUCUCACUGCUUCAGAUCUGGAAUAAGUCAAAUUUUCACUUUUCUUCCAUAAAAGUAAUAUUUUUGGUAAUUGAAGGUAAUUGUGUCAUAUUUGUGUUUCCCAAUUUCCUGACUACAGAAGAGGGGACUCCCAUAAAGUGCUGCUGCUGAAGGAACGGAGGAGAUACUUAAAACUAGAGACUACUCUGAGAAAGGAAAAAGGAUAUUACCUGGUUUUGCUUCCCAAGUGUCUUGUAGUCCAAGAUGUGAAGUACUGAAGAAAAGCUUUGGGAUUACACCAGUCACAUCUGUGAGCAGGGAACCCUGGGUCACAAAGUACGUCUCUCCCAAAGUCUUUUAGUGUAGGCAGACUUGGCAGAUAUUAUUUCUUCAGGUUUUGGAGAUAAGUGAUUAACUAGAGGUCAUGUCAGGUGCCAUUGCUAUGUGGGAGUGAGGUGACUGCCAAAGGAGAAUAGGACAGAAGAACUCAGAAGGGAUAUUAGGAAUAGGAGAAGACUGGAAGGUCCUUUCCAGCCUGCCUUUCAGAGCAGAUCCCACCACAGUAAGAGGUAGCGGGCAGUGAAUCACCAAGAGUUGCACACACAGCUCUUUUGUAGCAACAACUCUUGGAGAGAACUUUUGCAGGACCAUCAAUGGCACUUGAAAAAAGUACAGUUUGUGUAUCUAAAAAUGCUGGUGCUUAAUGAAAAUCCUAUCCUUUGUUACCUGUGCUGCAAACUAUAGGUAAAAUACCACAAGCUUUGGUCCUUCAAGUGCUCUCAGCAUCCCUUCUUGAAUAAAUUGCUGGCUUUCAGGAUUUCACUGCCUCAGUUUCUCCUCCCUCAGUGCUGGGAGAAAGCUGUGUGUGUAAAUCUCCCUGGCUUUAGAGGCAGAACCAGUAUAACUUUAUUUACGAAAGGUCACAAGGUAUAAAUGCUUUCUGUGUGCUGCAGUGAUUACUAACUUAAUCAAGCUCCUUUGGUGCAAACCUCAAGAGCUUCUGUUAUGGAAGGGCUGGAGUAAGCUGUCAUUUCAUGGUGGGAGAUGGCAUUGUUUCCAUGUCACGUCUUUGCACAGGAAACAAAGGGAAGUAUUAAAAUGGAAUGGACCCAUUCCACAAAGAAGGGCAAUGACCUAGGGCUCCUUCUGUUUAAUUGAACCAGGAAAUAUCACACCUACUUUUCACACUGGCAAUGACAGUUCUAGUAAUUCCCUGUCUAGUGCCUACAAGGGAAGGGAGAUCCCAAGAGCUUGCAGCUUAACGUGUUCACACCUGUACCAUGCCUGCCAGGACUGCCCAGUUGCUGGCACUUAAAUUCUGAAAAGUUAAAGAGACUAACAACUUGGCAUCGGUUUUUGAAGUCCAGCAUCUGGCAGGUACACUCUGACCAGGUCCUCAGACCUAUCUAGCUUUGUUAUUUUCCGCCUAAGCCAAAAAUACCUGUUCUGCUGACAGCCACAGUUCUCUAAACAGGUAAUGCUCCUCUUUGCCUUAGCAGAAACAGUUACUUCACUACACGUGUGUGUGCUUGAGCACAUGGACCCAUGGGACCUGCAGGGAUAUAUCUUCUAGAAGAAGUUAUUUGACCAACUUUUCAGCUGUCUUGCAUCUUGUAAAAUCCAAAAGCUAUACCAGACCCCUCCUAUUCCAAAAUAUGCACUAAGGUGAUCACUGUGAAUUUGUUUGGGGGUAAUGAAAGGCAGGCAAUGGGGAAGGUGACAUCAGGCAUAGUGUCCCCUACAAGAGAGUAGCAUCAUUCAGCUGGGUCUCUUGCAGGCUCAGAAGCCACCAAGCACCGAACAGACCUGGGGAGCAGCAGCCACUUGGCAAACUGGUGACUGUGUCUCAUGCAUCCAUCAGCCGUAACCCCUAGAUGGCAGCUUGUUUCAUGGUCCGAGAAGUGAGAUUAGCCCUGUGGAUCAGCAGUGUUUUCAGAGAAGCCUGAGGGUAUCAGCCUGACUCCUGGGAAGCUUUAUAUAAGCAAGCAAUGGGCUGGCAGUCUCUAGAAUCAGCCCCAAUAUGGCAUUUAGUAAAUCUUCGACUUAGCAUCCCUGCAAAGAGACCUUGCAUCAUGUCAGGGGAAAGGUUAACUGCUGCUAGAAAUCCAACUCAUACUUUUAGGUUUAUUUCACUUAUUAAAAUACACUGGAGAUAGACAAACCUUUUUUGCUUUGUAUUUGUUACUUGCCUAAACAUUUAUCAUCAUGCUGUGAACAGAUAUACGUGACAUUGAUAGGUGUAUCUAGAUGGGCUCCUAUGCCUAUACCUCUUAAGCCCUAAUGUCAUUUGGUGGUAAUGCUUUUUGGUAGUAUUUUGCACUGACUUGAAAGAGCAGAAGAUAAAGUAUGAAAUAUGGUUCUAAUCCUGGCUGUUGAGCUUUGUGACAGCCUUUAUGAUCUCCAGGUAAGUCACUUCUUGUGCCUUGGGAAAAUUAGAUUUAAAGCAGGAAACUCAGGGCUAGAACUACUGCCUUUCAAAGAGCCAACCAAGGCUAUGCAAAAAAGACCAAAAAAGCACCUUAACCUUCCUCUUCCCUCCUGAAGGAGUUCCAUGUUUCAGUGAGAACAAAUCUACCUGGUUUUAGUUGGGCUGGGGGGAAGUCUUACUGUCCCUACCUUGCUGCUUGUCUGAUUUCCAGGUAUUUUGUGCUCAUCCUCUCUCUGUACCAUCAAAGUGCCAUGAGAUAACAACACAAAGCAUCAGUGCUUGGAACCUCAGCUUACAACAUGCCAAUGUAUUAAUUCAGUAGUAAAAGAAACUGAAUUCAGAGAUCUUUGAUUAUCCAGUGAAGCAAUAGGAAAAUGGAGCUGAUGGAUGAAGAUUGGAGGACUGUGGUUCAAGACAAGCCCUGAGCGCUAAUCCCUUCUACUGCUUCUAGAAGUGACUUGGGAUAGUUUACUUCAUUUCCCUUCCUCAGUUUCCCAAACUUUCCGUGAAGACUGAAUGUUUUGAACAGAGAGAAAGCCCAGUAUUAGUUUUUGUUGCAUGGAAUACCAGAGGUACUGGACUGGCAACAGACUGGCAGUCUCUGGAGUUAGGCCCAUGGUCCCUUCUUAUCUGCCUGUACAGGGUCUGGUUUGGACAGAGUUAAUUUUCCUCAUAGCAGCUUGUCUGGUGCUGUGUUUAGACUGAUGACCAAAACAGUGUUGAUAAAAUGCAACAAUGUUUUAGUUAUUGUUGUGCUUGCAGGGUGUCAAGGCCUUCUCCAUCUCUCACUCUGCUGCCCCAGAGAGUAGGCUAGGGUUGGGUGAGAUCUUGGGAGAGAACACAGCCAGGACAGCUGACCCAAACUGACCAAGGAGAUAUCCCAUACCAUAUAACAUCAUACUCUGCAAUAAAACCAGGGGGAGUUUUUCCAUAGUAGGUGUUGCUUGGAGACUGGCGGGGCAUCAGUCUGCAGGUGGUGAGUGACUGCCUUUCAUUACUUAGGUUUGUUUUUUUUUCUUUCCUUCACUUAUUAAACUGUCUUUAUCUUGACCCACAAGUUUUAUUCACGUUUACCCUUCUGAUUCUUUGGGAGGGAGGAAGGGGGGGAGGGAGUGACUGGGUAGGGUUUUAGCUGCCAGCCAGGGUCAACCCACCACGCUGCCCUAAGCAAACCAGCAUCUGCAGUGUAGCUUGCUGGUAUUCUUCACGGCUUGGACUCUGAUCACAACUGUGCAAUAGGAUCUGCGCUGCUCAAAUUUCAGAUCUUAAAAGCUUUAGUGAAAAGCCUUUGUUUGUAGAACUGGUAAAGAAGGGAAAAUCAAGCAGAAUACAAACUGCUGAUGAUCAACAUACAAUCAGCAGAAGAAACUGUAGCUCAUCAAUGUUCUGGUUAAAUUAAUUUCAAAUGAUCAGUCCAGCUCCAGUUUUAAUACUAUGUGGCUGCUUUAGAUGGCUGAAGAGCGUAAGGAAAUCUGGUACGGGUGUCCAGCUUGCAUUGAGAUUUAAGGGCUGAAAUCCAGUGGAAUUAUUCCAGGUUUAUGGAUGUUUUCCAUAUGUCCACUGUUCUGUUACUCACUGGAAGUGCCUUCAGAACCC